CGACACGAUUCCUCGUAGUAGUGGGAACUCGGUGCAGCUAGCCAGCGGCGCGGCCCCAACAAAACAACACCCAAACAACGACACGACGAAACAAGAGUCGUCCACUAUUAUUUGUUGUGGUUCGUGCGACGACUGUGGAUCUGCGGCUCCGUGAGCGUGCGCGCGUGUGUGGUUCAGUGAAUACUGCUGUUGUUUGCGGCGACGGUGCUGUGUUGUUCGUCGCCUUUGCGGAUAACCCCCCCACGGAUACACUUUUCGGCGUAGCUUCGACGACAUCGGCCCAACGUGCUGUGUGACGGCCCCGGGGCCACGGUCGGCGUCGGCGGGUGCGGCGCGGAAGGGCGCGCCGAUGCUGGUCCACGCGGGGCCAUGGAGGGCCAGGGCCAAGCCACGAGCCCCCUGGAGGCGCGCUUCUCCCCGGGGAGCCUCGCUGUGCCGCCCUCCCACUGCCCGCUGCAGCAGCACUACGCCCGGUUGCUCCUGCAGCAGCAGCAGCAGGCGGCGUCCCACCCCGCGGGGGCAGCCCUGUUCCCAUACCUGAGUGCCCUUGGCGGUGCCGGCGGCAGUGUCACCGGCUCUGCCAGUCCCCUGGGGCCCCUGGGGGGCUUCCGGGCCCCCCACACCUCCCCCAACAUGACUGCAAUGAGGCAGUUCUGGCCCCCCACACCCCCUCCCGACGCCGGCUUACCUGCCUCCCUUGCAGGCUACGGCCGCUACGGUGGCAGCUACUACUCCCUCUUCCCCCCCGUGGGGUCACUGGGCUCCCCGCCCGACCCCUUCGGCAAUCCCGGCAACUUCUUUCCACGGCUGGCUCACACCGCGUCCCAUUAUCCCUCCUCCAUCCUCGAUGCACACAGGGAUGCUGCUUUCCUCUCGCCCAACCUGGGUUCUCCGCUGUCUCACUACGCGGCCGCUCUGUCACCCCUGGCCACCUCAUCCCUACUGUCGCCACCCACAUCAAACGCCGGGCCGACGUCCAUUGACGUAGGGCUCGUGUCGGCCAAGCCCCGAGAGGACUUGACGGUCCUCACCAAGAGUCACUCGGACACCCUCCUCACCACAGUCACCCCCAUGAUGACCACAUCGAACCAAAGCAGCAGAACUUCUACGAAGCCCGUUUCCGUGACAACGUACGGCCGUGAACGCAGUUCCUCCCGCUCUCGGAAGUCCGGUGCCCAGAAGGGCUCUGCCAAGACACCGCCGGAUGCAUUGACGCGGACCGGCAUCGCCACGCCUUCGACGGGGGUCGAAAAGUGCUCCCACUGCAACUGGACGUCGGACGGCGUGGGCGGCACCACAUGGACGCAGGACACUGCCUCCACUCCGAGUUCCGAAUUCCUCACGGCCGUCGCGGCUGUGACCAGUUCCGGUUCGGCGGAGCCUCUCGUGUCCGUGGGAACGACGCAGUGCUGCGGUCCAUCGGAUCAGGUCACUUCUACGGUUCCAUCACCUUCGUCACAGCCCACUUCCCUCCUCUCCCCAACGGGACCACCAGUUGUCAGCUCCUCCACCCCAGAUGUCAACCCCGUGCCAGAAAACCCAAGACGGGAAAGCUCUCCCGACUCGCCAACACUUGCCACCGCGUCCGAAGAACCGCCCUCGGUCGUCGCCAGCAAGUCUCCUUUCAUUCCCGACGAUGAACGCUCGGAUGAAGAUCGUGCCGACGAAGAGCCGGCGGAUGAAAAGCAGGUAGACGAUGAUUGCGUCGUCAAAGGCUGCUCCGACGAAGACCAUUCUGACAAAGCAGAUGUUCAGGAAGGGCCCUCGCUCGUGGCAAGUCCGACCAAUCUCUCGCCGUGCUCGUCUACGACCGACGACAGGCGCUCGAUCGCCGUGGCGUCCGUUAGCCCGGUCGUCAUCGUCAAGCCGGCGUGCGCAACAGAACUUGCUGCACAGCCGGCCAUAGCUGAGGUGCCCGCGCCGAAGUUUGCCAUUUCACAAGGAGCCACCAAAAACAUGCCGGCAUCUAACGUCGGGGUGGGGCCGCCGAAAUUGUCAAACAUGAAUAUCGGCGUGCAGCCGCAGCUUCUCACAACAAACGUCGGCGUGGGACCAGCUAAGAUCCAAGUGGUGAACGUCGGUGCCGGUCAGGCCAGGUUGGCGGCCGCAAAUGUUGGCGGACAGCUUAAGUUGCCAACGUCGAACCUCCCCGGCGCGCAGCCGAGGUCGUACGUCGUAGGAGUCGUCGGGCAGCCCAAGCUGUUGCCAGCGAACGCCGGCGCGGGCCCAUUGAAGCUUUCGUCGCCCAAAAAGGAGCGUGACGAGGCCGGCGUACGGUCUGACUGCCGGUUCGGCACCGUUGCCAAGCUGGAGCCGAGGGACUUGGAGCGGUCGCCGUCUUGUGCGGUGAAGGCGUCGCAGCUGCUGCCGCUGAGCAAAGGCGCGGUGAUGCUGUCAGUGCAGCAGACCAAGGUGGUGGCGUCGACGCGGGUGCGCGGCAAGAGCGGCGGCGUGUCUGUCGGGAUCGCCAAGGCCUCAUCCAAGGCCACCUCGGUCUUCUCCGCGCCGCUUCGCUGCAGCAGCGCCGGCACGGGGUCACCCAGGGUGCAGGAGGUGGCACCGGUUAACCUCAAGGUUGCGAGGACAACGACUGGCACCUGUGACGGAGUCGUGGGGCACAAAACGGAUAGCACGACGGGCCAGAGCGUCCUAGUCCCCACGUGCGUUGCCGUGGCAACCAGACGAGCCAAUAACAACAACAAUCUCAACAACCCGGUCACGAGUGGCGACGGAGGCAAAAUGGCCUGCCUGGUCGAAGAGAAGUGCGACACCACCAUGUCGAUGGUGCCCGCUCUCAGCAUGCUGAAUGCUGCCAGUCAGCCGAUACCCGUCGGCAUCGCCGUGGCACAGCAGCGGCAGGAUCACACCAUCACGUGCAGCAAGACAAGUCUUUCGGCGAAUGCAGCAGAACAGAGCCACAUCACGGCGGUCAGCUGUUCGACAGUCAUCCUGGCCACGGGGGCCGCAGACCGGGGCCCGCGAAUGUGCGAUUCCAGACAGCCCCAUCAGGGAAUGGCGGAAACUACAACAACCUGUCUCGUGACAGCCGGUCCGACGCACGCCACGUGGGACUCGGCGUCGGAUUCGUUGGCGCUCCGGCCGGCCGCAGCGACUCUGCCUUGGCUCACGGCGUCACCCGCGGCGGUCUCGCCUUCCGUGGUGACUGCCCCGACUCUGUGGCUUGGGCAGGACAGCUCGCCGUCCCCGCUGGCGUCGCCCGGUGGCUUCCAGCUGGCGCGGGACGCCCUCACGGGGCAGCUGUACCUCGUGCCGGCACCAGCCACGACGAGCUGGACUCUGGCCAACGCGGCGGCCUCGGCCACGGCGAGCCCGGUGCAGCAGAUCCUGACAACACAGCAGCACACGACGUUCCAGCAGAUCAUGCCCCAGCACGACCAGUGGCGCGGGAACCUUGGGGAACUGACGCUGACUGCUAAGCCCACGGCGACAACGGCGAUGUUCGAGGCGAUCCCACCAAAGCUGGAGAUCCUGGAGGCGGCAAAGGACCUAUCCGUGUCCGGGGCCACGUUUGCCUACUCGGCGAUGCCCGGAACGGUGGCGACUCCGCCGGCCCCCUCUGUCGUAUCCUACCUGUACGACCCCUCGGCCGUCGUGCACCACCUUGCCCACCAGGUGGCGACGGGCACCAGCACCUCGAUGGUUGCCACGGCGCUCUCGUCUGCAUCGUCGGGCAAGGUCUCUCAGGGGACGUCCCCACUGCUGUCCAACAGCCCUUGCCUUCCCCAGCCCCUGGUCGAACAGGGGGUUCAAGCAUCGUGUGACACGGACAACACGACGGAAGAGAGCGAUGACGACGUUGUACGCGUCUCCCACGGUUCUGUGUUGGAAGCCAAGGCGGGUGGCCAUGUCAUGUCAGUGACCACGGCCAUACAGGUCGACAUGGACUGCCAGACGACGUCGGACGAAAACGAGCCAGACGAACACAUUCCCCCGCCUCUGCACGCCGUGCAGAUGUCCGAUUCGGCCAACCAGACGGACGACCUGCCCCCCUUGCAGACGACACCACCGCCGUCUCUGCAACAGCCGUCACCGCAGAUGACGCCGAAGCGGUCGUACGGACCUGACCCCGAUUCAGAACAGCACGGCAUUCAAACAGUGCCGCCGUUCACUCCACAUCAGAGCACCAAGGCCAACGAGACGUCGGACAGUGAGAUUGACGACUCUGUACCCGUCCUCCUGACGCAGACGACACGAGGCGUGCAAGAGUUUAUCGACCACCACGGACUAGACCUUCUCGUCGACAGCAUAGAAGAGUUUGCAGCGUCAGGUCGCGAGACUACCGGAGCCAACGGCAACGCCACCGGCGACGUCAUGCCACGGCUCGAGAAGUCCGCCGCUCCAACGGAAUGCGCCGCCUCGCUCGACUCGGUGGCAGACGACUCCGUGGCGGACGUUCCAGAAAAAGGGAGCCCACCGGAUCUCAGCGCGCAGUCGCCUUCCUCCCGGCCCGAAGAGUGGUUCAGCCGGCGGAGCUUCAGUCCGGCAACAUCCCCGAAGGCUCCGGUUUCGCCUCCGACGCUGGAGGCUAAUUCGGACUCUGCCGGCAGCUCCAAGGUGUGUCUGUUCGACUCCCUCCGGAUCGUGACGGAUUCGACGGACUCGUUCGAUGCCAGAGAGGGAGUCGACGAUGCCCAGCAGCAACCCUCAUCGUUUCUGGGCGCCGCCGGAUCGUGUCUGGCGAGUCCGCCGCUCAUCUUCGAAUCGGUGAAGGAGUUGCCGUCGUCGGCGCGGGACUCGAGCGCAUCAUCUCCGGCGUGCUCAAGGUUUGCCGGUAGUUCGCCGCCCAGAUUUGUCGGCAACUUGACGCCGAGAUUCGCCGGCAAUUCUAUGCCAAGAUUCGCCGGCGAUUCGCCAGCAGGCGUUGCCACAAACUUCGGAAGCUUCGGAGGUCUAAAACGGUCAAAGACUCCGGCACGCGGGUGUGACGACGCCUUCGACAGGCUGGUCGCGUCGCCGAACACGAACGACGGGUACGCGACAACGUACGACGGGGCGUGCACGGGUGGACUCGGACUUCUGUGCGCGCUGGCAGAGCAGCGUAUCUUGGAAGAGACCAGGAAGACGGCCGCGGAGGAGACAGCACGGUUGGUUGCGGAACGACCUGCAGAAGCUGGGACUUUGUUUGCGGGGGCUCGGGGGGCAGAACAAAGGCCGCCUUCACCGGAGGCGACGGAUGAUCUCACGGAGGAGGAGAUGAAGGCGCAGCUGGAAGAGCUGAAGCGGAAGUACCGCGAGAAGCAACGUCAGGUGGCGAAACUCAAGCCUCCUGCAGCCCAAGCCGCAGAGAGAGACACGAAGGGGUCGCCGGUCUCCGCCCGUCAGAAGAAGCGGCGUCACUCGACAUCGGCGAUGUCCAGGUCGUCCUUGUCGUUCGAGUCUAUGCAACGGGACGAGAAGCCUCUCGAGGCCAGUCCCGCCAAGAAGAAAGUGCGGGCGCCGAGCUGUGGGGAGCCCCGACUCAAGUCUCCCAAGCACUGCGCUUCCGCCCGCCACGAGGGACCAGAAAGCAGCCUGGUUGUGAGAGCAGGUGACAGCACUAAGGAGGCGGAGACCAAACGCCACCCGCAGAGCGUGCCGGUCCUAACGAUCAAGAUCAACAACAACAAUGAUCCAUACCAGACGUCGGCCGAUAGGAGGGACGACGCCGAAUCCUCGGAACGCACAGACUCCAGCGGUAAUCCACUUGCGAAGAAGCGUCGCAAGUCUAGCGCCGAAUCCAGUCAACCAUCCUAUGCAGUCUGUUCGUCCAAACACCCGGAUGCAAGCCAGAACAAAGAGAAGGCAAGCAAGCCAUCGCUGGAAGCACAGCACACCAAGAAGAACCCAAAGGCCAACACCAAAACAAAGGACGCAGCCGCGAAGUCGUUCCCGGAGGACGACAUCUGGUGCGUGCGGCGAAGCGAACGCAUCUUCCUCCUGGACGCGGGUGUGGUGAAGUCCUCCACCCUCUCGACCACGCCCGAGCGCCAGGACGCCACCACGUCUGCGGGUGGCGGCUCGGCUCGCGGCGGCAAGGCCGCUGACAAGGCCACAGACAAGACGCCCCCGGCUGCGGUCCCUAAGACCAGCUCCAAGAGCGUUCCCCAACCGGAGCGCCCCGUUUUGUCGGCGGCCAAGCCGGCGCCAUCGGCACCCUCGAAGCGGCCGACCACUCGCCAGGGUCUGGUGUCGGUGCUGCGGAAGUGCGGACGGCGCUCCGCGGGGCUGACGCCCAACAACAGCGACUCUGACGAAAAUGACCGCGGGAGUGACUCUGCCGAGAACGUUCCGCUCAGUCAGCUGACAGGCACCGUGCGGAGUCGAAGCAGCUCAGAGCAACCUCAGCAGUGUUACCUGGCGCCAGACGACCUUCACGACCUGACUCGGGUGGUCAUGCUGGAGGACGGGCUCUUCUACACUGGCUACAUCAACGAAAUCCAGGCCCCCGACGUCUAUGGCAUCACCCUGGACGGAGAAAGGGGCAAUCGGCCGCACAUCUUCUCCCGCGAGGAAAUUCUCAAAGAAGCGGUGCGAGAGGUAAAGCCACGCUCUUUGCGGGAGCUUCCCGAGGGGCGCCGUGUCUGCGCAUACUGGAGCCAGCAGUACCGCUGCCUGUACCCCGGACUGGUGGCCAAAGCCACCAGCCCAAAUCCAUCACCCGGUGGCGCACUCGUCUACGUGGAGUUUGACGACGGUGACUCGGGGAAGAUAGCCCUCGAGGACGUUCGUCUGCUUCCCCAGGACUACCCUCCAACAGCAGUUGACCCGAACCCGUCGUUGGGACCGAAGAAGAAGCGGGCUCGACACGCGGACAGCGGCCAAGAGGCCAAAGACACGGACGCCUCGGAUGCGGAUCGGCCGCGCAAGCUCAAGAAAAGGAAAAAGUCCAAAAUCAAGAAAACAAAGACACGUCAACAAGAUUCGAGCGAUCCGGAGUCGGACUCGGAAAGCAGCGAAACCCCCCAGGCGUCGGAAGCCAAGAAGCGUCGUCGCGAGCGGAAACACCGGCGGCACCACAAGCACCACCGGUGCCAUCAUCGCCACAAGCACCGUAAACGACGACACCAACACCAAGAAGGCACCGACGAGGGCGAGAAACGUGACCCAGGUGACGACGCGGCGUCCCCGGGGGCAGCGGCAGCGGCAGCCGCCCUCACGAGCUGCUCCUCGGAGCUCUCGAGCAGCGGCUCGCCGACGUACUCGCCGCCGCAUGGUGGUGAGAAGCGGUCGGGGCUGACGGUGCGCAUUCGGACGUCUUCGACGGAGUUGCAGCCGGAGGGCCAAGAAAGCAGCGACGACGCGUCACAAGACAGCAGCUCGUCCGACGAGGUGGCCGAGAGCGCUGAACCCAAGAGGCCAGCCAAGCGAAAAGAGCGUCUCCCGUCGGUGGAGAAAAGCAAAAUCGCGGCAUUCCUACCGGUGCGGCAGCUGUGGCGAUGGUCGGGCAAGAGUUUCCGCCGGCCUGGCACUAAAGGCAAGGCCAAGAAGGAGUUCUACAAGGCAAUCUGCAGGGGAAAGGAGUCCAUACGGGUGGGGGACUGUGCGGUGUUUCUGUCGACGGGCCGGCCCAACCUGCCGUACAUCGGCCGCAUCGACACCAUGUGGCAGUCCUGGGGGGGCAACAUGGUGGUGCGCGUCAAGUGGUUCUACCACCCGGAGGAGACCCGGGGCCUGGCACGGCUCAAGCACCCAAAGGGGGCCCUGUUCCAGUCCCCCCACGCGGACGAGAACGACGUCCAGACCAUCUCCCACAAGUGCGAGGUGUUCUCGUGGCAAGAGUACCGGGCGUCGCGCGGCGCUGGCGACGAGAGCACCGCUGAUACGUACUACCUGGCGGGGAACUACGACCCCUACGCCAACGUCAUCACUGUCGAGCCGUCGUUGGCACCAUGAUGCGUUGCAAGCCACCUGUGACACACGCCGCAUUGCCGCAACACGACGCGCCUCACUUGCAAUGUGUUUAGUUGAUUGGACGUGCCACGUGUGGAGAGUGACCACCAUCAAUGGGUCGUUUGUGACGAGAUACGUCGCUUCGGGUCACACGGUACCGGCGCGACAUCGCGCAUUUCUCGGCGGAACACGUCACGCUCGACGAAUUGCGUUUUUCGGGGGGGCGGAAUCCGUGCAACGCGUCGCCCACGGGGGUGGCUUUCCCUCGGGCCACCUACGAGAUCUCACGACGCCGUUGUCGUCCUAGCCGUGUCGUGCAUGAUGCGUUGUUGCAUAUCGGCACAUCACGCGCGACGCCGCUUCGCGCGACGCCUCGGAGCGGACGUCUCUGGAGAGGGCAUAUCAGGCAUUGCAACACCUCGAAAGGGGCCAUGUGUCACGGCGCGUUCGGCUGUCUUCCAAAGAUGGGACACGGGGGUUCUCUCCUUUUUCCGUUUUCUCGUUUUAAAGUUGGCUCCACCUCAAAGUCGGGUGACAAUAAGACUUUUCCUUCAGAAGCCGAAAACGCGGUUUCAAAGACGCCGGAAUUUUUCGACGGCGUGGGACUCUCGGAGAUGCUUUACUGCGGCCCCGAGUUUCGGGCAGGCAUGUACAGAUGUUUGUAAAUCUCCCUCACGUGCACAUCGGUGUGUCGUACCUUUUUUUUCUUUCUUCGUUUUGUUUGUUUCUUGCCGCGUCCCGAGGCACACGUGAGACCGACGCCCGUUUUUCUCGCCCUCUAUGCAUUUCCGCACACACCGUGAACACCGGCACAACGUCGGCCUCUCGAGCAAGGGCCAACUUUCACCCGAUAUACACAUAUAUCGAUGAUGUAACAUGCUCCCGUCUCAAAGUCGCUGUUUGUAAACGCCACCGCAGGCAUUUUACUGCAAGAGUUCUCUCACGCACCACCCCGCAGCAACGCGGCGUGCUGGGCGCUUUUCGUGACGUAGUUUCGUCGGUCUGCACAGUCCGUUUUUUCGUCGGCCGUUCUUGGCACAGUGUGUUCUUCCCCCAUGCCGUUCUCAGCUCUCUCUCGUAGCAAUCAGUGUUGGUACUUUCUCGCUACGUUUUGGGGUUAAGAAGCGCACAAUGGCGCAUUGUCUGUGCACCUACUGCUUUUAUUUUUUGCGUUUAGACCUCCACGUUGCGUUAGAGUGAGGCUACGGACGACGUCACCUUACAAGAGAAAUGCUUUUGUCAUCGAAGAUGCAUAAUCCGCCGAUGCAAGAGUUUUCUGCACGAAGGAAUUCGUCGUCCGACGGUAAGGGACGUUGACAAGGCAAUUUGCCGCACAUUGUCUUUUGCGAGAAAGUGACCGGCGUUGUCGCCGGUCGCUCAAAGUUGCCGUAGUGAACAAAAAGAACGAGGCCUGCUUGCGAGAAAUUGCUGCCGUGGGCCCACCCUAAAACUCUCGUCUCAAAGUGUUGGCACGGUCUCGUUGGCGAGAGCGCAAGAUUGGGCGACUAGUCGCGAUCAACGACUGCUUCGGUGGCGGCGUCUGUGCUGCCAUCCUGUUAACCGUUGUUUGUUGUCGUAGGCUGGGCAGUGCCAUACCCGGUGACUCGUCAGGAAUCAAAAUGUGUGUUGCGUCACAAGUAGGGGGCAUGCAAAUGACGGUUCAAAUCGAGUGGCACUGCGCCACACGUAGCCUUCAUGGUGCAAGAGAAAACCGUGUAGUACAGGCAUUUGGUAAAGCGUCGAAGCGGGCAAUGACGCAGCGCCAUGAGAUUUGAACCGUUAGUCGCACGUCCCUAGUCACAAGUGCUUCGACACGGCGGGUAUCCUGUUGCAGAUGUGGUCGUUGUCCUUUGCCUCCCGACCUUAGGGCAAGGAGUCGCGACUCCUUCUGGGCAAAAGGAGCUACGUAGCAGCUCCCAUCGGGCGACUCCAAACUAAACAGAAGCUGCAGGUGUUACAUGGAAUCCUGUCGGCAGGAUUCUCUGUACAAUGCGAUACCGACAAUUUGUCGCACAUGGCCGACAACAUAACAUCCGUCGGUCAGCAUGUCACGUGGGCUGUCACGUGCACGAUGGGUCGUGACAUCAACGUGUCGCGACAGAUCACACAUUACACGUUAUGCAAGUGAGGCAUUCGUUUUUCGUUCACUUCCCGGAACUGUUUUUACCCGCCAGGAGUCGCAACUUUGUAACCUAAGCUUGGCAGGCUCGAACAAACAACUGCACCUUAUAUUGUGUAUGUAAGAAGAGAAGAGUGGAGAGAGACAGAAAGAAAGUCAUAUGAGUGGCAAAGGCAAGAUUAGCUCGAAGCUCCGGAGAGAGUAUUCCUUCAUAUUUUUGUAAACAGUCAAGCAAGUGACGCGUGUGUGUGUGUGCCGCCCACAUUGUAUAUAGCACGGUUGGGCAACAGUAAGUGUUGUUGUUUUUUUCUUCGUGUUACGGAGUAUUUGUUUUUUUUGCUUCCCGCUUCCUCUACUUUAUGCUCCUUGGGCAAUGGGGGCAAGCAAAAUAAGAGAUGACUGAAACCGACUGUGAUUCUUCACCCGUUGUUUGGACGGCUUUGCGUGAACCGUUUGUUGUUGGAAGGCUUGCGGGAAGAAGUUUUAGGAUGGAGAGCAUGACAAUAGAGCGCAUGCGCUCGACCCGUGCUACAGAAAGUUGAUGUUUGUGCCAUACACCUGUUGUCUCUUUUGGGGGCGUGGUGAUUGGGCGGGCGAGAGGGGGAAAAGAUGUCCCCAGUUGUCCAUGUAUUAGUGUGCAUUUUAUUUCUUUUUCUAUCUUUUUCUCGGCUGUCUUUUUGUUCACGGGACCUCGUAGAGUUGUUCAUCCCCAGUGUGGAGGCCAGCGUUAUUAUUUGUUUCAUCAUCCGCAUAAUUUCGAUACUUGGUCGUCGGGGGGCUGCCUAGGAGAUGCGAGGGUUCUGGUUUCCGCGCUUUUAUUGCUUUUUUUUAUUGUUUUUUUUUUAAGCUUGGCGAGGUGCUCGCAUGUGGCAACAACGAAACACAGUCAUACCACAUUGAGGGACACUUCAGGCAUGUUUAGGAGCAUCGACCCCAAACCCACCGCUGAAGACUACCGCAUUCUUUUAUAUUUGUUGCAUAUUUGAAACAGUCAAGCGUUUGAGCUCACCAUGCUUGAAGUCUUAGCAUCGUCUGUCCGUUCUAACCUUAGUAAUUUAAUUUAUGCUCUCGCACGUGUGCUGGAACAGAGUCUUUCCAUGCAACACGCGAGUGAAACCGCCAUCGACUCGCCAUUGUUGUUUUUUUUGUAUUGGCUGAAGUGUAGUUUCACGCCACACAGCAAUAUCGGGCCGGACGACAAUCAACGUUGGGACGAUAUUGGCUCGUCUGCUCCAUAAUGAUAUACUCAGUACGUUGAGAUAAAGCUUAACUGCUAAUGCAUCAACAUAUCCGUCAAACAAAAGAAGCGUUGUUUGCGCACGUCUCCAGAGUCCCAUGUCGUUGGUCGAAUAUUUAGUUUUGAAACCCAGAAACCGUUGAAAAAUUGCGCCUCCUCUCCAAGGCAGUCUCCUUUACUUGCUGCUUAAAAAAAAAAAGGCUGGCUGUGGUGUUUUUAUUUUUCAUGUUUCACAUAUGCUUUCUGAAAGCGUCACCGUCUCUUUUGUCUGUUUAUUAUUAAACCAAUGUUUGGUUAUUGACAAUCUCCCAAGGAUAGGAAUUCCUCCGGUUUUACCACCACCACCAUUGUAUGUUUUAUUUUUCAGGCCGUGGUUCCUCGAUGGUCGGUCGGCCGUCUAGUUUGUACAGAUCCCAUCUUAUCUUCUAUCCCCCCUCGCAUACGUUCACAUAAGACCAUUGUGACCAAUAAUGCGUAGUUGCACACCCGCAAAGAAUAAAAACGAGGAAGAAAAAACUAA